AUGGCUGAGUAUGAAGCUUGCAUCCUCGGUCUGAAGAUGGCAAUUAAUAUGAAUGUUCACGAGUUGUUGGUUAUUGGAGAUUCAGAUUUGCUGAUUCAUCAGGUUCUAGGGGAAUGGGCCGUGAAAAAUGCAAAGAUCACACCGUAUGUGCGAUACAUGGUUAGGGCUAUAGCGAAUCUACAACGUGAAUUCCCAAAUGUUAAUAUUGUUUAUGGUGAUUUUUAUGGUGCAAUUUUGUCACUUAUUCGUAACCCAUCUUCGUUUGGGUUUAAUCAAAAUACAUUGCUGAGUGCGUGUUGUGGAACUGGAGGGAGGCAUAAUUUUAACUUCAGGACUGUGUGUGGAGCAGCUGGGAUUAAUGCUUGUGCGAAUCCGGCACAGUAUGUUCAUUGGGAUGGAAUUCAUUUGACAGAUGAAGCUCAUCGUCGUAUUACUGAAGUUCUUGUUAGAGAUAUGUUGGCCAAAUUCAACUGUGUCGUUUAA